GGUAUUCGUUUCUCGCUACCAAUCUCCCAAAAAGCAGCAGAAACAUCCAGGAAGUUUUCUGUUGCUUUCAAUCUCUUUUCAAGAUGCCAUAGUUUGUAUGAUCAGCGCUACACAACACCCGUUGAAGUAGACACACUCGCUAUAAAUGGAGGCUACAAAAGAUGAAAAAAAGUCGAUGACGUAGCGCAUCACGGAUAGUCACAUUAUUUCGACCGUUGCCAAUCCCUUUCCUUACUUUAUCUCUGGUGGAGCCAACCUCCUCUUGAGAAUAGAAGAGUAAAGUGCACCAAAUGACCUCUGUGGUUUGCCUGUGUCCAUUGUCACAAAUGUACAAUGAUUCGUACAUACAUUGGACACGCCAUAUACCUACACCUGGUCGACAAUUUGUUUCACAUGGGCAUAGUUAUACGCUGUAUGAUGUCACACAACGCUGCAUUUACCUAGCAUCACACGGCCACAACAGUAAUCGACGACAAAAACUACGGAAAUGCUUCCCCGGUUGUCUAAUAACAAGGCUAGAGCUCUUCAAAAAAAAAUGAAUUAAAGAAGUAAUGAAGUAAUGGUGUAAUUGUGUUCACCAGCUAGUGCAACCUCUGUAGACAAACACAUGUGUAUAAUGAUGACACCUAAACAUUAUAGGAUGUGAUACAUACUUUGACCUUUUAAUCAUGCAACACUGUAACUUAGGAUGUGACACUUAAACCUUUGCUUACGAAGAGACUUGCUCUCAUGCUCAAUGCUCUGCAUCAUACCUUUGUAUAUAUACAUGUACGUGUAUUGUGUUUGUAACUAUGUGUGGAAUGUGUGUGGGCAAUGUUGUCACAUGGCAACUGUGCCACCAAAACAAAACAUUAUGUAGACAACCCAUGUGCAUGUGGUAUAGACUUGUGAUUAAUUAGUUGGAAGUUAGUGAGUAGGGAGUUCUUUCUUGAGUGCAGAUAGGAAGUGAGUCCAGUAUAGGAAGUGAGUGCAGUGUAGGUAGAGUGCAUGAGAAUCAGCAUGGUGGUGCUCUUCUCUAUAUAAUGAGCUAGAUCUAGUUACUGCUAUAUUUAAUAUUUAUGUACUGAUAAAUCUACACAGCUGGUUGUCUCACUAUGAAUUGCUUUAAUUUGUAGCUAGCUAAAACUGCUAAUAAAAGGUUAGACUAGACUACUAUAUACAAUGUCUGCUGGCUCUACUUUGAAGAGUGUUGGUCUGUGGUUCACUCGACUAUGGAUGCUGAUCUGGGAGAAUGCUCACAUCAGAUGGAGGACUGGAUCAGUGGGAUGCUCACACCGACUACUGACUAGACUGCCUAUAUUCUUGUUGAUUGAGACAAUAUGGCCGCUCCUGCUGUUCCUUAUUUUGAUUCAAUUGAGAGGACAAUUCCCACCCACCCAAGAGAGUGACAGUUUGUAUCGUCCCUUUGCCCUACCCUCUGCUGGUACGCUACCAUUCUUGCAAACACUGAUCUGUGAACGACCUGACAAUAAUGAUGGGAACGAGCAGUACAGGGACUUACCUCGCUAUCCUGGUGCACCUAUCAACGAUGUUUUCUCCGUACUUGAUGAGUUUGGAUCUCUCAACGGCACCCUCGACGGUUUCUGCUCGACCCUCUACUCUCUGUCCGACUACAACAGCACUGCCUGCGUCAACUCCGCCACACAGUCCUAUCCCCAGUGUCAGCAAGAUGUGGUUCCUCUGACGUGUUUCCUUGCCGACUCGACAAGCUUCCAGUCUUACUUGACCUCUGACCUCCAUUUCUCCACCCACCUGGCUCAGGGAAUAGUGGGGGCCACUGUCGACACCACAGCCAUUAGAGCAUGGGAGUUGCCGUUCCGAGGUAAACGGCAGCUACCCUCCAGGCUGCAGGACCUGAUUGAUAUCUUCUCAGGAGGUCAGAUCACCCCCACUGAACUGAGGGACCUUGAGUGUGCGGACAACGGAACUUUACUGAGCACUUUUGUUCACUUUCAGAAUGUCACAAGAGAAGAAGUGGCUGCUGCGGUGUGUGCUCUGAACGAUAGUCAACUUGACAGUCUCUCUCAACACCUUCAACAGCAGAUCUCUGUGCCACAAGAGUGCAAUGUUGCCGACACACUAGGACUCUCAGAUCUCGCCACUCUGGAGAAAGCACAGACUCUAUUUACAACAUACCGCACAUUCAUGGCAGAUGGACUCUUUGAUGGUCUGUCAAGCGUACAGAAGUUCAGCUAUGAGAACAUGCAGCACAUCUUCUGUGGCAUCAAUGAGACGUACAGUUCUCAUGUCUUCUUUUAUAAAGUCCUCGAUCUGCUUCGAACUGCUGAUUAUAACAGAAGAUUUGGUGAUAAUACAAUGGGAAAAGUGGCGUUGAAGAUCCUCUACACACCUGACAACGACCGUACCAGGAGCAUUGUGACAAGAGCGUCAAAGAUAACACAAACUUUUGCUUACGUCUUGAACUGGACACAAGAGAUUAUCACAUGCUCCGAUGCAUUUCUGACCAACUUUCCACCUGACUCCCCUCGCACUGACUCCAUUCGACAAGUGAUCGAUGCGUUGCUAGGUAACGAAUCAAGUCCAGUGUCUCCACUUUUCCAAUCCGAGCUGGACUAUAUUCGUCAAAACCUCUCCCAGUAUAUCGACACCUCCAGGUCGGCACUAGAGAAUGCACAGAGCCUGCUGGAUCCAAAUGCCCCAAGCAAUAUCUGGGUGAUUGUCGCCAAGGUUAAAGAUGUUGCGACUGUUGUACACGGGUUGCUCGAUCUAUUCGAUUGGGACGUGUACUACCCCAUGGAAGAUGAAGCUUCCUUGGAGUCUGUUGCCACAAACUGGAGUCUCGUGUCAGACUUAAACAUCACUAGGGUGCUGGCAGGAGUGGUCUUUGAGGGGCUGGAUGGGAAUAAUCCUUCGAUCAGGAUACGUAUGAACGAGAGUGACGUCAUUGACACCUCUACACUGACGGACAAAACUUGGAUCCCUGGUCCGAAGUCGUUCAGAAGUGGAUCCUACCACAGGGAGUCGUUCCUGUUCAUCCAAGACAUGUUAGAGCGAGCUAUGUCAGAAGAGAUGUUGGGACACUCCAUAUUAGCACCCGGCCUCUACAUGCAGCAAAUGCCCUAUCCGUGCUUCCAGUAUGACACGUUUGGAUACUCAUUGGAAUUUGUGUUCCCUCUGGCCAUGCUUUUUGUGUGGUUGUUCCCGGUUGCCAUGACGGUACGUGGGGUGGUCCUUGAGAAGGAAAGUCGGCUCAAGGAGUACAUCAAGAUGAUGGGUGUGUCUGACACACAACUCCACCUCUCAAAAAUAAUCGUAUCAGGUUCUGUACUUCUCCUGUCAGUGGUUCUAAUCACCAUCAUGCUCAAGGGGGGCGGAGUCUUGCCGUUCACGGAUUGGUCGAUUCUCUUCCUCUUCCUCAGUGUGUAUGGCCUCGUCAUGUUAGCUCACAGCUUCCUCAUAGCCAGCCUCUUCAACAAUGCCAACCUUGCAGCCUGUGUCUCAUCUCUGGUCUACUUCAUGGUGCUUUUCUUGCACACUGCACUCGUGUUUGUCAGUAGCCUGUCAUCCUCCGCCGUGACACUGAGUUGUCUUUGGGCCCCCCUAGGGUUUGCGUUUGGCUCCCAGCUGCUCAUGACGAGGGAGCUACAACAAGUGGGCGUGACUUGGGCCAACAUCAGCGAGUCCCCCGGGGCAGAUAGUGAGAUCUCCCUCGCCACCAUCCUCAUCAUGCUCUCAGUAGACACUCUCCUUUAUUUCCUGGCUGCUUGGUACAUCGAAGGUGUGGCUCCCGGUCGCUAUGGUGUUGCCAAGCCACUAUACUUUCCGUUCACACCCUCCUACUGGCUUGGGCAAAAGGGACGCGAUUGUAAGAAGGAUAGUCCGAGACGCCAUAGACUUUUAGACGAAGGAGACUCUUCAGACUUGGCGUGUGAGGAGAACCGUUGUGAGGAAGAACCUGCUAAUUUGCCGUUAGGAAUCUCUAUAGAGAACCUGACAAAGAUAUAUCGUAGUAAUUGUCGGCGUAAGAAAGUGACAGCUAUCAAAGAUCUCUCUCUCAACUUCUUCGAGGGUCAGAUCACAGCUCUGCUCGGGCACAACGGAGCAGGAAAAACCACCACCUUAUCGAUUCUGGCUGGACUGUUUGAGCCAACUAAUGGAACUGCCAAUAUCUAUGGCAAUGACAUACGUCAACACAUGGACCUGAUCCGACAAGGUCUGGGAAUUUGUCCUCAACAUAACAUCCUAAUCAGCGAACUAACUGUGGAGGAGCACUUGCUCUUCUUUGGACUACUGAAGGGACUCUCUUGGAAAGAGUCGAAGAAACAGACACCAGAAUGGCUGUCGAAGGUUGGCCUUCUCUCCCACGCCACCAAACUGGCCAAGCACCUCUCUGGAGGCAUGAAGAGGAAGCUCUCCAUCCUUCUAGCAUUUGUGGGCGGGUCUCGCACCAUUAUCCUGGAUGAGCCGACUGCAGGAGUGGAUACGUUUGCACGACGUCAGAUCUGGGACUUCCUGUUGAGGAACAGAGACGGGCGGACUAUCAUCAUGUCCACCCAUCACAUGGACGAGGCAGAGAUACUGGGUGACCGUAUUGCCGUAGUAUCCAAAGGUUCUCUCAUCUGCUGUGGUAGCUUUGAGUUCCUCAAACAACGAUUUGGAAGGGGACACAAACUAACACUAGUCACAGCAUCACAAUCCACCACCCCCUGUGAGGGUGAGGAUCCCCAGUGUGAUCGUGUGGAGGCUGUAACAGAGUUUCUGGAGAGUUUUGUGACGAGUGUGACCCUUGAUGAAGUGUGUGGGCGUGAGCUACGUUAUCUUCUGCCAUUUAGUGGAGCUAGAGCGAGUGUGCUGACUCAGCUGUUUCGAGAGCUGGAGGGAGCCAAGGAGCAUCUGGGUGUGGUCUCAUAUGGACUAACGGCAUGCUCCAUGGAAGAGAUCUUUAUAGAAUUGACAGAAAAAGAUGAUAAAGUUGCAGAGGACCAAGAUACUUCUAAUAGUGAAGCCAGUGUUGACCCAGAGACUGUGUCCAUCGACCAGCUUGAAGAACCUCUAGUGGAAGAGUCUGUAGUUAAUGUGGCUACCAAAGGAUUUGCGAGGCUCUCGUGGCUGGCUCUGUGGUGGACCCAGUUUGUGGCCCUCAUGGUCAAGAGGUUUCACUACACCAAGAGGAGGGUCCUGGCUCUGCUCAUUCAAAAUGUCCUCCCUGCUGUUGUAAUUGCCAUCACUCUGCUCGUAGCCAGAAGUUUGCAGACUGUCAACGACCCUCCACCACUUGAACUCUCCCCUGAACAAUGGUUCACUGUCAACAGAGACAAUUACAUGUUCGUGGCGGGUUACAACACUAAUGAAACCAGCCAGUACAUCGACACCUUUUCCCGACCGUGUGGCGUGGGUGGACACCGUACAUCUGACGAUCCCUCGGGCUGUUUCCAAGGCAACGGUCCGUAUACAACUAACCACUCCUAUACCUGUGACGGCAACCCACCUCUCCAGUAUUCUUGCACUUGUGGUAACGGAACCAAUCUCGCCUGCAAUGACCCGGGUUCAUUCCCAGAUCAGACUCCACUAUGUUAUAAUGGAACUGGAACCGGAUCUAGAGUACAGGACAUGACUCAAGCGUUCGAUUCCAAUAACCCUCGAGUGGCAGAUGAGAAUCUCGCCACAUACCUACUGCACAGCAAACAGUCCUUUGUACAACGUCGAUAUGGAGGCUUGUCGUUUGGUUACGAGAGAGAGGAGUUUGACGCUUCGUUGGAUGCAGGGGGUGGUCCAUUCCUGGCUACCAGAGCAGCUGCGAAAGUGUGGUUCUCUCUGAAAGGUUAUCAUGCCUCACCCACGUACAUCAAUGUGGCGAACAAUGCUCUGUUGAAAGGCCACCUGGAACCAAGCAAACAGUCGCAGUAUGGCUUCAAAACGUUUUCCCAUCCUUUUCCCACCUCUGAUUUUGAUAAACAGUUGAGAGCAAUAUGGUCAGGGGGUCCGUGGUACUUGCUGCAAAUAUGUGGAGUUACGUUUUCUCUUGGUUUUGUCGUGGCUGGUUUUGUGCUACUCCUAAUUGAGGAGAGAUCCAGUAAUGUGAAACACCUUCAACUGGUGUGUGGAAUGAAAAAGGCAGUGUAUUGGCUGGCUAACAUCUCUUGGGACUUUCUGUGGUACAUUGGCUUCACAAUCAUCACGGUAGCCAUCUUCCUGGCGUUCCAAGAUCCCUACUACACCCGGCCGGAUACUCUCCCUCUGUUUGUAAUCAGUCUCUUAUCCUUUGGCCUCGCAAUCACACCAUGGGUCUACAUUAUCUCGUUCCUGUUCCAGUCACCGGCCACAGCCUACGUUGUGAUAUUCUGCAUGAAUUUUAUGGGAGGAUUUGGACUUGUUAUCGUUGAUCUCGUGUUUUUCUACCAGGAUUUUUGGAGUGAAUAUCCUGUACCCCUCUACUAUCUAGCGGCCAUUCCCAUCCCUGCACACAAUCUGGCUCGUUGCUUGAUGUACAUUGGAUUUGACUUCCCAAUGAACAAUUUGUUACACGAUUGGGACCCUAGAUUAGGUGAUGUUCCGGAUCCAUAUACAAGAAUGGCUCCGUAUUUUUAUUCUCUCCUGGCUCAAGCUGUCUUUUUCACUCUGAUUCUGAUGUUGAUUGAAGUGUGGCCGUACCUGAGGGGAGUCAUGUGUCGAGUGCGUUCGUCCACGGCGUCUCUUCCGCUUCCACUUGACACAGACGAUGAGGUCUGCAGCGAGAGAUCAAAAGUCAAAGAGGGGGAGGGAGGGAGUGACAUACUGACGAUAGAAGACUUGUCUCGAGUGUACCACACUAACCUGCAUCGGAACAGGAAGGUGGCGGUUAAUCAGCUGUGUCUUGGGGUCAAAAAGGGAGAGUGUUUUGGUCUGCUUGGUGUAAAUGGAGCCGGCAAGACCACUACCUUCAAGAUGCUCACUGGAGACAUUCGACCCUCCGCUGGGGACGCAAUGGUAGCCGGUCACAAACUGUCCAAAUCUCGUGGCCGUGUACAGCAAUCAAUGGGUUAUUGUCCUCAAGUGGACGCUCUCAUCGAUCAGCUGACGGGUCGCCAACAUCUAACUCUGUUCUCUCGGCUGAGGGGAGUGUGUGGGCGUGAUAUGAAGGGUGUGGUGCAGGGGACAUUGGAUAAGCUUGGACUGAGUGAGUAUGCAGACAGACCAGUGGGAGCGUACUCUGGAGGUAAUCGGAGGAAGUUGUCAACGGCCAUAGCACUGCUCGCCCAACCUCCUGUAGUGCUACUCGAUGAACCAACCUCAGGAGUUGACCCUCGUGCCCGUCACUUCCUGUGGUCACUGAUCCGAGGGCUGGUGAGAGAGUCGACCCAGUCGGUGGUCCUCACCACACACAGCAUGGCCGAGUGUGAGGCUCUCUGCUCACGAGUGGCCAUCAUGGUCAAUGGAGAGUUCCACUGUCUUGGUUCUCCUCAGCAACUCAAGUCCACUUACGGCAAUGGCUACAAACUAAAGCUGAGGGUGGCUGGAGAAGUUCAGCCUGUCAAAGAGUUUGUAUCUCAGGCUUUUUCUGGAGCAAUGCUCAAGGAGGAACACUACACAACCCUACUGUACCAGCUUCCCACGUCAGAGGCUCUUUUACUGCACACUGUGUUUGAGACCAUGGAGGGAGCCAAAGAUACUCUCGGCAUACUGGACUAUAAUGUGAGUCAGACGACUCUGGACGAUGUGUUCAUCCACUUUGCUAACAGACGAAGUGAGGGGGCGGGGCUUGAAUGUGGAGUGGAACUGCCUGACAUCAUUCCAAGUGACGUGAAUGAGACUACAACACUGUAAAACUAUUUUAUUGCAUAAUCAUCAUCAUUAUAAUUAUUUAUUAUUACAGAAUCCUCUGUAUAUAAUUAUAUCUGUUCAUUUGUUUGUUUGUUAACAAUUAUGACAUAAUUAAUUUUAUAAGUUUUGUGUGAGAACUUAAUAUUAUUUUAUUUCUCUA